AUGUCUUUUGGUACUGAUCCUCGUCUUGGCUAUUCUGGAAUGUGUGAAGACCCGUCUGUUUGUCGUGACUAUCUGCGAAAUGUUUGUAAACGUGGCAAAAAGUGCAAAUAUAAGCAUCCAUCACCUGAAGAAUGCGAGAGGCUUCGUCGUUUCGACAAGACAUUUUGUCAUGACUUUCAAAAUUCAACUUGUCGCCGUUUGAAUUGCAAAUUUUUGCAUUACACAAAGGAAGAAGAGGAGGUGUUCCGGCGUACUGGUUAUCUACCCAAUGAUGCACAGUGGUCUCAUCGCUCAGCCUCAAAUAGUUAUGAUGAAAAAACACCAAUCUGCAAGGAUUUCGCCAAUGGAGCCUGUAAUCGAGGAGCUAAUUGUAAAUAUCGCCAUGUCACCACACAACAGGCACAGGAAGUAGUAAAUCCUACUCUCUAUAAUCAAUCAAAUUUACAAGAAGCUAGCUAUGUCAGUGAAAACACACCAGCUGCACAUAUUGAUCCUUCUCUGUUCAGCAAUUCAACUCAUUUCAGCCAACCGUCUCUUAUAAAUAAUGCAGUCAUUGUAUCGCCUACGAAUUCAGUCUUAAAUCCUGUAAGCAAUGCAUAUAUUCCUGGUGUUUCUUCACAUUCACUUAUGGGUCUUAUUAGUAAUACGUCUACAGGACAACCUACUCUGUAUGCUCAUUCAUCGCUGGUCUCAAUUACCAGUGCUCCUCAUAUUAGUCCUUGUUCUUCUGUCAUCACAGUUGCUGCUAGUCCCACACAACAUCCGAAUGUAAUUCAUCCUCAGACAGCAUUGUCUGCGCCUCAUGCAACCUAUCACAUUGUUCCACACGAUACUACUUCACAUCACCAUCUACUUGCAACAAGUUCAAGUCAUUCACAAGCUCCUACGCUGUUAACCAUUCCUCUAUCUCAGUUUACUUGUAAUGUGAGCAAUAAUAGUUUAAUCCAAUCUCAGGCGGCUAUAGCUUGUUCUACACAACAUCAUGCUGUUGUAACUGGUGUGUUACCAGCCCAUCCGUCAAUAUCAUCUGCAUCUGCAACCUAUUAUCCGUCUUAUGGUGUAUUUCAUAUUAAUCAACCCCCUGUAGAGAAUUGUGAUCAACAACAGGUUACAGCGGUUGAGAUGCAAAAACAAAUUCACGAAACUAGACCUUCAAGAUGUCCAACAUCAACAGCAACAGAAACAACUAGAAUGACACCGAUUUCUGCUACAACGACGAAGACGGCGACAACCUCAGUUACAUCGGUGUCUUCGUCAACAACAGCUGUAUUAGCUGCAGCAGCAGCUGCUGGUUAUAUUGCACAACAUUUACCUGUUAUUGGUUCCAAUAGUCUAUCUAGUGGAAGUAAUGUAUCUCAAGAGCAUACUAAUUAUAUGAAUAGUAAAACUGGUAAUCCAUCGAAAGGUGUAAGUGUACAUGAAUCGGCUAUAGCAGCUGCAGCAAAUCUACCAACAGUGUCGGCUGCGGCUGCAGCCGCCGUAGCAGCAGCUGCUGCAUUCGCUUGUUCCACUUCGAUGUCACAAAAUUCGAAGGUAUUUGUAAACACUUCUGUAUUGUAUUCAAUUUUCACGCGUAUUGUAGGCGCUAUUUUCUCUCAACCAAUGGCUGCUGCAGCAGCAGUUGCAGCUAGUGGUGCAGCAGGUGUUGGCAACUCAGCUCCAUCAUCAGUUGCUGCAAUGCUUGGAAAUUUAAUUGGUUGUAAUGAAAAAGAUAUUAUGCAUGCUGUUCAAUCGUCAUCGACGUUAUCAUCGGCGUCGGCGUCAUCAGCAGCGGCCUCAUCUUCGUAUGCCGGAGCAUCGUUAUUAUCCAACUCAUCUAGACAUAAUAACUGUUCUGUUAGCAAUAAAUGUGAUUCUGAUGCUACUACAGUUAUCAACCGUUGCCCACAGCAACAACAGCAGCAACAACAACAGGUUUCUAAAGUUGAUGAGAAAAGUUCCAAAGAUGAUCAUCAAAACGAAAAUGGCGGUAGUGGUGGUGUAAGUGUUAGUAAUAAUAGUAAUAAUCAUAAUUCGAUGGAUCAACAGAAUGUUCAAUCGAAUACUGUCAACAGUUCUUCAUCGUCAUCAGAUCGUUGCAAGUGUACAAAUACCUUAUUGGAUAAUAAUAAUCCACAUUCUCUUCAAGAUGCAAUUACCUCAGAUUCAAGCAAUUGGUCCAGGUAA